UUGCAAGAAUAUUAUAAAAUUGAAAGUGAGCAGCGUCCUAUUGUCCGCAAUAUGUCCGCCUCAGGAUUAACCCCAGAAGCUCAGCUACAGUACAUACUGCAGUGGUUCCAAGAGUUCAGUGAACUUCAACGUGAAGACUUUCUCCCAGUACUCGCUGCAGCUCAUGGAGAUAGACCAGAUCAGCUUGCAGCAACACUUUCUAGUCUAUCAUGCCAAGACAAACCUGUCAGUUUGUUUCAGUGCCGUAUAAAAUUGUUUAAUGAAUGGUAUCCAACAUGGGCUGAAGAAGGAAAAGAAAGACUUGUUAAAAAGAUAUCUGAUUUAGAUCCAGAUUUUAGUAGCAAACUACAGGAGGCUCUUGUUAAAGGAACUCCAAUGAAUGGUGAUGGUGAUGGGCUUGAUGCAUACGCCACAAAAGAUCCGAUAGAGAGACAAGAUACUCAAAGCAAUACCGAUCAGGAGACAGUGGAACAAAGUGAUGACAAUCUAGAACUACCCCCUACCCACCAAGACAAUAUCUCCGUUGAAAUAACUGCUGCAUCUUAA